AUGGUGAAUAAAGUUACAGGCGUCGCUUCGUUCAACGAAAGUCUCAAGGUAUCUGAUAAUGUUGCCGUGAUCAUCCCAGAUACAGGUGCACAAGUCACUUAUCGAGACUUGUCCCAUAUUACAGGACAUCUGCAAACGCUGUUCCAUUCAGCAGACUCUCCUCUCUUCGAUGUGGUGGGUCGUCAAUCUGCAAUUGCGAUUUCAAUGCCGAAUGGACUUGAGUUUAUUGCGGCCUUUCUGGCGUCGACUACAGAUGCCAAGAUCGGAGCUCCUCUAAAUCCAAAUUAUAGGGCUGAAGAGUUCAACUUCUACUUGAAUGAUCUGAAAACUAAGGUUAUUUGUGUGCCUAAGGGAACUGUCAGCAAAGCGGAAAAGGCCGAGAUCGUGAAGUCUGCAGCCAAGUUUGAAUGUUUUAUAGUGGAAUUGGCGUUCAACGCUGAUCGCUUCCGGGUGGAAUACGACGUUUACUCGCCCAAGGACGGUUACAACGCAAAAGUGUACUCUUCGAUUAACAAGAGUGCUUUUGUCAACCACGAAGACUUGUUCCCAGGAUUUGCAAGAUCUUCCGAUGUGGCAUUGGUGCUUCACACCAGCGGUACUACGUCCGCACCCAAGACUGUUCCUUUGUUACAUCUCAACAUCGUUAGAAGCAUGCUUAAUAUCGCUGCAACCUACAAUUUAACCAGUGAAGACCGCUCGUACGUCGUCAUGCCAUUGUUCCAUGUGCACGGGUUGAUUGGUGUCUUGCUUUCCACAUUCUGGGCACAAGGCUCUGUGGUGGUGCCGGCCAAAUUCAGUGCCAAGCAGUUCUGGACCGAUUUCACCACCUGGAAGUGUAAUUGGUUCAGUUGCGUCCCCACAAUCAGUAUGAUUUUGCUCAACACGCGCAAACCGGAACCUUUGCCCAAGAUCAGGUUUAUCCGGUCGUGCUCGUCUGCGCUGGCGACAUCCACUUUCCACAAGCUCGAGAAUGCAUUUCAGGCGCCUGUUCUCGAGGCCUAUGCGAUGACAGAGGCAUCGCACCAAAUGACCUCUAACAACUUACCCCCCGGCAAAAGAAAGCCCAGCACGGUUGGCCAGCCUCAAGGUGUUAAAGUGUACAUUUUGGAUGACAAGGAUAAUGUAUUGCCGCAAGGCUCGCAAGGUGAAGUCUCGAUUCGUGGCGAGAACGUCACACUCGGCUAUGCCCACAACGAGAAGGCCAACCGUGAAAAUUUCACACAGCGUGAGAACUAUUUCCGCACCGGUGACCAGGGCUAUUUUGACGCAGAGGGGUUUUUGGUGCUCACAGGACGUCUAAAAGAGCUUAUCAACCGUGGGGGCGAGAAAAUAUCGCCUAUCGAAUUGGACAACGUUAUGUUAUCGAAUCCAAAGGUAGAGGAGGCUGUAGCUUUUGGUGUUGCUGAUGAAAAAUACGGACAAGUAGUCAACGCGGCGAUUGUCCUGAAACCUGGACAAAAGCUCGACUAUUCGGGUUUGGCAGACUACAUGCGCAAAAGUGUGGCCUCUUUCAAGAUUCCCACCCGCGUUUUCUUUGUCGACAAGUUGCCCAAGACGGCUACAGGCAAAAUUCAGCGCAGAAUCAUUGCUGAAGUUUUUGCGGGGAAGAGUAAACUGUAA